CCAGGAUUUUCGGGAGGCCGGAGGAAUUCUUAUGCCGACUCGGUGUGUCAGGCCAUGCACGAACCGGAUACACAACACCACAGGGAAAGCUGGACGCCUACAGACCGUGGUGAUCAGAUUACAAAUGUACGAAUGACUUGACCUGACACGAAUCUCUCUUAAAAGGUGCAUCCCUCAUCUCCCUCCCCUUUCGCCUUGACCAAGAAAAAGACCGGCCAUCGACACCAAAGACAAAAGACACCAAACAGUUGUUAACAAUCACGAACAUGGUUUCCCUUCAGGCCAUCCGCAAAUCCAACGCUCGCGUUGCAGAGCUACCGGAGGGCCUUGUUGCGCUGUUCCUUGGCGCCACCAGCGGAAUUGGCCAGAGUGCCCUGAUCCAGUUCGCACAGUACGCCGUCCGGCCUCGCAUCUACAUCGUCGCCCGCCGCGCUUCCGCCACGAAGCCGUUACUGGCGGAGCUCCGCGCGAAGAACCCAGGCGCCACCUACACGGUCAUCGAGAAGGACGUCUCGCUCAUCUGCGAGACCAACGAUGUCGUCGAGUUUGUCAAGGCUCGGGAAACCAAGCUCGACCGGCUGUUUGAGUCGGUCGGCUUCAUCUCUUUCACCGGUCGCCAGGAGACGGCCGAGGGUCUCGAGCCGUCCAUGACGACGCGCUACUACAGCCGGCUGCGCGCUGUGCAGGGCCUGCUGCCGCUCCUCAACGCCGCCGCGAGCCCGCGCGUGGUGUCGAUCCUGGCCGGCGGGAUGGAGGCCAAGAUGAACGAGACGGACCUGGACCUUCGCAAGCCCGGCAACUACUCGAUCGCCGGCGCAGCCGUCCACUCGGCCACUAUGCUCACACUGGCCUAUGAGCAUCUCGCCAGGGAGAAUCCGCGCAUCAGCUUCGUACACGCCUACCCGGGGUUGGUUGCCACGCCUAUCCUCUCCAGGGGAUCCACUGGCCUUCUGCGUCUGCUAAUGACGUGGAUUGUCAUACCACUAGCCACCUUGUUUGCUACGUCUGUGGAAGACGCAGGAGCGAGGGCUUUGUUCUAUUUGACCAGUGACCGGUACUCGGUCGGCAAUGGCACGGUGCCGUUGCCCGAGGGGAUUGAGAAGUCACCCAGGACUCAGGGUGGUAUCUUUCUAAGCAACGCGAAGAGCGAGAGUGUGGGUAACGAGAAGUUGUUGGCAGACUUUCGAGCGAGAGGGGUCGAUGAGCAGGUCUGGAGACACACGAUGGAAAUAUUUGAUGCCUGCGCUGCAAACGCUCCGAAUCAAGCAACUAAAGGCUCGCAGAGGUCACAAACGUGAAUGACAACUGAAAUACCUAUCCCACUGACAAGCAUCUACCUCCUUCGGAGUAACACACGAUUGUCCAUCAAAACCCAAUCGUUAGUUCAACCAAAGCUCAUCAUCAUCAUCAUCUUGAGUACACAGGCACCCAUAGAUAGCUGACCAUUCUCGUACCUUUCGAAGACGGUCCCUACCUC